AUAAUGUUUUCGAACGGCCUACCUUGCAAUUUGUCAUUUCCCAGUUGCCUUGGCGUACCUAAAGACAGUGGGAGCGACGAAUUACUACCAACAAACAUGAGCAAUCGUGAACCAGUUAUAUUAAAUGUCUAUGACAUGUAUUGGAUAAAUGAAUAUACAACAUCGAUAGGUUUAGGAGUUUUCCAUUCCGGCGUUGAAAUAUUUGGUACAGAGUUCGCAUAUGGAGGACAUCCUUUUCCUUUUACAGGUGUUUUCGAAAUAACACCCCGAGAUCAUGACGAAUUAGGGGAGCAGUUCCAAUUUAGACAAAGUAUACAAAUCGGUUGCACUGAUUUUACUUAUGAAGAAAUUCGACGCAUUGUUGAUGAGUUGGGUAAUCAAUUUCGUGGUGAUCGAUACCAUUUAAUGAACAACAACUGUAAUCAUUUUUCCAGCUCUCUUACUCAGAUUCUUUGUGGCCAAGAAAUCCCCAGCUGGGUUAAUCGCCUAGCACAUUUUAGCUCCUGUGUGCCAUUUCUUCAAAGAUGCUUGCCAAAAGAAUGGCUAACACCAAAUGCCUUACAACAGAGCAUAACUGCAAUCCACGAACGUGACGAAUCCGACGCCAGUCCUCUUUGAGAACCACGGGAAUAGGAAAGAACAUAGUAACAAUUUACACCCUAAAAUUAAACAAUCUAUUAUUAUGUAAUUAACGAUAAUGAAUAACUUCAGAUCAGUUGUAGGUUUAUGUACAUUAAAUUAAAAUUUGUUCUUGUAAGAUAUUAUAUAUACAUUUGAUUUCUUAAAAUUAAACUUAAAUUAAUAUUAAACUAUA